AGCGCGAGGCCGCCGCGGGGGAGGGGUCGCGGGGCCGCCUGGACGGCCGGGUGGCGGGGGCCGCGGCCGGGGGGACCGCGAGGGGCCAUGGCCGAGCCGGCUCUGGUAAGAGGGGCUGUGGAGGAUGCAGGCCCUGCCGAGUCUCCGGGUGCUGUCGCGAUCUGGAGUGGGCUCCCAGUUCAGGGAGUGAGGCGGUGGGAGCCCCGGCCGGGGAUGGUUCCGUGAGCAGGACUGAGCUCCGAGCCCGGACCGGAGAAGGCGCUGUCUGGGUGCGCGAGUUGUUUUGCACUUGAUCUGGGAGAAAUGCGCCCCGGUGGAGAAACCCAGGGUCUCGCCCGUGGUGUGCUCAGGCCCCCGCCGUUCCCUCCCUGUGUCGGGCCUCUCUGAACCUCCUAGUUGCUCUUGGGCUCACGUUCUGAGCUCUGCUGGAAAAUGUAGCCUCAGAGAAGCGCAUCUUCAUCAGCACAUGAGGAAAAGUUAGAAGGAAGACUGGAGACUGCCUCCUUUAGGAAAGAACGGAAAACUUAACCAGUUUGGGUCGUUAUCCUAAUUCACAUUUACCACGAAAACUCUAGUGUUUUAAUGGAAAGUUUGAACACUGGUUGUAGAGUUUGAAAGGCAUAUCCGGAGCCUAAUCCAGGAAACUCUACGUUGAAUUCAGUAUAACCUGUCUAGUUAACCAUGGCAUUUGAUGAUGUGGCCUUAUACUUUUUCGGAGCAAGAGUGAGCAGUCCUGGAGAAGUGGCAGAAGGAAAUGUAUCAGCAAGAAAUGAAGGCCAAUUAUGAGACCCUUGAUUCCCUGGGCUGUAUUUCUUCAAAACCAGAUUUGAUCACUUGGAUGGAAUGAGGAAGAAUGCUGUUAAUCAGAGGCCAAGGACACUUAGAGAAAACACAAGUGACACUCAGCCUUUCUACUGAUCAGCAGUCAGACUUGAAUGCUGGCAAGUUGCCAUGUGUUGGUGACCAGGGAACUCUCCGGGCAAAAGAGAAGGAAUGCCAUUUAAAUGGUCUCCAAGAGCAGGGUUCGUAUGCUCUCUUAUCCAAGGAGAAAAGAAAGAUUUUAUCAGAUCAAAGGGCCGCCUUACAAGUCUGCAAGAAACAGAGAUUCUAAAUAAAAAUCUCGACAUCAUAACAUCUGAUCAGGACAAGAAUGAUCCACAGCAUAAACCGACGGGAACCCCAGGUCACCUGGAGAUUCCACCAGGGCCGAGACUUUAUCCCUGCUUUGUCUGUAGGAAGGUCUUCCAGAUAAAGAGAGACCUGGUGAAGCGCAAAAGGAACCGCUCUGAGACCCAGUGCUGUCAAUAUCCGAAGCACAAAGACAAGUCCAGGGGGAAGGCCCAGCUCAGGUGGCCCCGGCCGGUCCCGUGUAAUAAGCAGCCUUUCCGGUGCGGCGGGUGAGAGCAGAGCGGCCGGCUCGGGUGCAGCCCGGUGCGGCAGGGCCUUCCCGUCCGAAGCCACGCUGAACAAGCAUGUGUGUGCGCACAGAGGAGAGAGGCCGCUUUCCAGCGAGGAGCGCGGCCGGGGGUUCACCCAUCAGGGCGAGCUGGCCGAGCACCUGCGGGUGCACAGCGGGAGGACACCCUUCCAGGGUCCGCAGGGCAGCAGAGGCCCCUCCCCGGAGGCGACCGCGAGAGCCCCCCCGGCGGGCGCCCCGCGGGGAGAAGCCGUUCUCCUGUGCCGGCUGUGACCGGAAGUUCACCCCCAGGCGCAAGCUCACCGAACUCGUCCGGGUUCACAAGCGGGAGAAGCCCUUCCGGUGUCCCGAGUGUCAGCGAAACUUCUGCCUCGAGAGCAGCCUGCGGGCCCCUCUCUGUCAGCACAGCGGGCGGAAGCCCUUCCGGUGCCCCGAGAGCGGUCGGGGCUUCUGCUGGAGGAACCCCGUGAAGGCGCCGCAUUGUCUACACAGCCAGGAGGAACCCUUCUCCUGCGGGCAGUGCGGCCGGGGGUGCCACGGCCGCGUCCACGCCAGGCGGAUGGCGUUCCCCUGCGAGCGGUGCGGGAGGGCCUUCCCGCGGCGCUCGGGACUCACGCGGCACGUCCAGGUCCACAGCGAGGAGAAGCCCUUCUCCUGCGCCCAGUGCGGCCGGGGCUUCCGCCGCCAUGCACACCUCGCCGAGCACCGGCGACUCCACGGCGGGGCAGAGCCCGUCCGGUGCCCCGAGCGCAGCCGGAGCUUCUCCCGGAAGGCCUCCCUGAAGCUGCACCGGCGGCGGCACGCGGGCUUGCGGUCAUUCGCGGGCGGGGAGCGCCGCAAGGCCUACGCUCGGCCAUUCCAACUCGCCGAGCAUGCGCGGGUCCCCAGCGGGGAGCAGCCCUUCUGGUGCCCCAAGUGCGGCAGGGGCUUCCGGCUGGAAGGGAACCUGAAGGGCCACCUGCUCCAGCACAGCGGCCCGAAGCCCUUCCUCUGUGCGACGUGCAGCCGCGGCUUCGCUCAGCGGUCCCAACUCACAGAGCACCUGUGCGUCCACAGCGGUGAGAGGCCCUUCCGGUGCCUGGAGUGCGGCAAGCGCAUUCUCCAGAAGCGAAGUCUGAAGGCCUAUCUGGCCGCGCGUCACCGCGGGGAGAGGCCUUUUUCUUGCGCCGAGUGUGGGCGGGGCUUCACAUACCUGGGGGCGCUCACCACCCACACGGGCGUGCACGCCAGGGGACAGCCCUUCAGCCUGGAGGUCCCUCCACUCAGGAAGCAGUGACCGCUCUGCCGUGGGGCCAGCGGCUCUGUCGGCUCUGGUUGAGACAGGACAGAGAAUUCAUCCCGCACACUUAAGACGCAGUGGCCGGCAUGGAGCAGGCGACCGUGAGGGCUCCUUGACGAAGGUUCUAGAUAACUCAGGCAUAGAGUCUAGAGACUGGAGGAAGGCAGGCUUUUUUGGAAAGGCAUUCUAGUCAUCCUGAUAUGAGAUUCAGGUUAGAAGUCCUCCUUUAGACUUUCUUCGGUCUUUUUUGUAAUAAAGCUUCUUGUGAUAAAAA